AUGAUAAAACCAUCGUCUUUAUCUUUUAUUUCUGCUCAUGUUCAUGAUAUUCAAUUACCAUGUCUUCUUGAUACCGGUGCUACACAUUCAUUUAUUCAUACAUCCAUUGUUCGUCGUCUUCGUAAUGUCUCAAUUACAAACAUUAAACAACGUUUCACUUUAGCUGAUGGUAAUACCAACGUUAACAUCAUCGGUAUUGUUCAUCUUAAUCUUCGUAUUGGUCAAAUCACAACACCUAUCUCUGCUUUUAUUUCGAAAUCGUUAUCUCAUCUCUGUAUUCUCGGACAAGAUUGGUUGAAUAAAUAUUCGGUAGAUAUCUGUCAAUCCACACAACAAGUGAUUAUUCAUACUGCUGAAUCGAGUGUCAAGAUUCCAAUGGACCAUCGUAUUAAUCAACACCAUUUUCCUCUUAAAUCAACCAUUGCAAUCAUUAUUCCACCACAACAUGAAAGAAUUAUUGAAUUACAAUCACCUAUAUCAUCUUCUCCUCAAGUUAUUUUUCGUCCAAACCGAGUCCUUCAAUCUCAUAAUCUUGUUGCUAUACCUAAUGCCCUGCUAUCUAUUGACAAAUAUCGAACAUAUACCACUGUUGUUAAUCCUACUAAUAGAAUAUGCCGUAUUCCUAUUAAUACUACGAUUGGUACAUUUACUAUUCCACCACCUAAUCUCGAAUGUCAUAGUAUUACUCUAUCACCUACCAUCGAUCAAUCGACUCCAUCAUCUCCUUCGCUAUCAUCGGACUUGAAUGUUCCGACUUCGAUGGACAACAUUUUCAAUGAAUUACUAGCUCAUUUAUCGGAUCCUGAUCAGAAACUCAUUCUUUAUCAAUUAUUGAAACAAUAUCAAUGUUUAUUUGAUACAUCCGUUCCUUCCAUUGCUAAUCUAACUGCUCCACCUAUGAUUAACACUGGUUCACACCCUCCUGUUCAUUCACAUGUGUAUCGUACUGAUCCCAUUAAACAAAAGCAUCUCACUGAUACGAUUAAUGAAAUGUUAAAACAUAGACAAAUAGAAAAAUCUUAUGCCAGCUGGUCUUCACCUGUCAUUUUAGUAAAAAAAAAGGACGGAAGUUAUCGUUUUGUUGUUGAUUACCGCUCCUUGAACAAUAUUACUGAACGUGAUUGUUAUCCAUUGCCACGUAUAGAUGACACGUUAAAUCGAUUAAAUGGUAAUAAUUAUUUUACAAAGCUUGACUUGAAAUCGGGUUACCAUCAAAUUCGUAUUCAUCCCGAUGAUAAAGAUAAAACAACUUUUGUUACAUCACAUGGAGCUUUUCGUUUUAAUGUAAUGCCUCAAGGGCUUAAGAACUCUCCAUCGAAUUUUCAACGUUUAAUGUACGAUUUAUUAGUCAGUUCUAGAUGGGAUUAUACUCUUGUAUAUCUUGACGAUGUGGUGAUAUUUUCUCGAACAUUCGAUCAACAUGUUCAUCAUUUAAAUGAAAUUUUGUCCAUUUUAUCAUCAGCUCGUCUUCAAUUGAACCCCCAAAAAUGUUCCUUUGUUAAACAAGAAAUUGAUUACCUUGGCCAUACCAUUAAUGGCCAAGGCAUACGUCCAUUACAAUCAAACAUCGAUGCGAUUUUACAACUUCCUAUACCAUCUACACCGAAACAAGUCCAUUCUUUCGUUCAAGCGGCCAAUUAUUAUCGUAAUCAUAUCGAAAAUUUUUCUAAAUUAGCAGCACCGUUGUUCCCAUAUACAAAGAAGAAUGCCAUUUGGAUAGGUUGGACCGACGCGAUGAACAAUGCUUUUAUCGAAUUGAAACAUCGAUUAACUGAACCACCAAUAUUUUUAAAUUUUCCCGAAGAUGAUGGACAAUUUAUUUUGUCAAUAGACGCUUCUGGUGAAGGUAUGGGUGGAGUCUUACGUCAAAUGACAUCUAACGGAUUAAAGGUUAUCAAAUACAUUUCCAAGAAAUUUAAUUUGGCCCAAAAGAAAUAUUCAACUACAGAACGAGAAUGUUUGGCGUUAGUUUGGUGCAUUCAGAAACUAAAAGAAUAUAUUUGGGGUCGGCCUGUUGAAAUUGAAACCGACCAUUGCCCACUUUGUAGUUUUAAUAAGAAGAAAUUCAAUAAUUCACGUAUCGAUCGAUGGCAAGUUGAAUUGUCAGAAUAUCAUAUCACCAAAAUUACUUAUAAACGUGGCCGAUGUAAUUGUGAUGCUGAUUUAUUGUCUCGAUUCCCUUAUGAUGAAAGUGAUAUUGAUGAUAAUGGUCAUCCUCAUCGUGUUCGAUGUUUUACUUCAACAUUAACUUCAUCGACUCAACCAAUACAACUCAAUGUUAUUACUCGAUCAAAAUCCAAAGCUAUACAACAAUCUUCAUCUCCUACAUCUCCAUCAGCAACUGUUCCUUUAUCUUCCGAUAGUUCUACUAUCCAUCAUCGUUCAAUAUUCGACCUAUAUAUUGAUCGCAUUCGAAUCGAACAAAUGAAAGAUGUUAAUCUCUCUAAUCGAAUCAAAUCUAUUUUAGCACAACCCGAUCAAUAUUCUCAUGAAAUUGUCGAUAAUGGCAUCCUGUACAAAGUGAUUAAUCGAAUUGAUGGGUCUAUCAUACAAUUACCAUGGUUACCAGCAUCAUUAAUUCCAGAUGUUUUAUUUUUAUAUCACGAUCAUCCAAUGAGUGGUCACUUUGGUGUCACUCGAACAUUUCACAAAGUUCGAGAACAAUUCUUUUUCCCUCGCAUGUAUGACCAUAUUAAACGAUAUAUUCGCUCGUGUAGUGCUUGUGCUCAAUUUAAUGUUCAACGACAAAAGAAACCAGGAUUUUUACAAUGUGAAUUACCACCUGAUGGAGUUUUCGAAAUUAUGCAAAUGGACUUUUGGAAAGCACCAGUUCGUUCAUCCAAUGGUAAUCAAUACGUUUUAAUAAUUACUGAUCGUUUAUCAAAAUUCGUUUUUGCUCGUGCUUUACCAUCAGCUACUGCUGCAGCUGCAGCUGAAAUGCUUUUAGAAGAUAUUAUUCUUAAACAUGGAUCUAUUCGUUAUCUCCAAUCCGAUCAAGGAUCCCAUUUUCGUAAUGAACUUUUAUCUGCAAUCACAGCUUUAACUGGUUGUCAACAAGUCUUUUCUAUUCCUUACCAUCCAAUGUCUAAUGGGCAGGUGGAACGGUUCAACUCGACGUUUUGUGAUCAAUUGAAGAAAUAUUGUCAUCAUAAUUUGACUGAAUGGGAUAAUUAUUUGUCUGCUGUUGUAUGGGCUUAUAACUCUACAGUUCAUUCGACCACUCAGUUUAUUCCAUAUGAAUUAGCUUUUAAUCGACGUCCACUAUCUCCAUUUGUUCCUACUCCAACUGCUAUAAAACUAAUGAAACCACAUGAUUAUUGA